GUGGGUAACAUGGUAAACACGCAAAACCGCAAAGGUCGGGAAGCCUCAGCCAAAAUCGCUAAACAAAUCGCCCUAAAAUAGCGCGGAAAGAGAGUGGGAGAUCGCGAAGAAAAACGCAGGAGAAAAAAAAAAGAAGGGGGGAGAAAGAAAAAAAUGCAAAUCGACGCGAAGAAAUAAUAAGGGCAAAAGCCGCCGACGCGACUCGAAGCGAAGCCCAUCCGCCUUCACCACCUCCCGUCCGCGUCUCCUCCGCUUCAAAUCCAACCCUCCUCCCCCUCGGCCCCUCCGCCUCCGCCGCCGCCGCCGCCGCCGCCGACGGACUCGCCCGCCCGCGCCACCGGAGCGACGGCGAGGGAGGGAAGGAGGGAGGAGGCGGAAACCCGAUCUCGGGGUCGGGAACCCGUCGGCUUUUCCGCUCGUUCCUUCGUCCGCCCGUCCGUCGAUCGCUUCGCCUCCCCCUAUCUAGGGUUUCCCGCGCUGUAGAUCGGAUCGGUUCGCUUCGGAUUGGUUGGUUGCUUUGGGGUGGAGAGUAAUGAUGGGGUCGAGGCGAUCCAGGCGCGUUUCAUGGGCUGCCGGAGGCAAUCUCUGCAAGGUAAGGCUGUUUCUGUCCGAGGACUCACCUUCUCAAGCUGGAUUAAGACCGCAGGAUAAUCUCCAAGCAAAAGGCUCAUGGUUACUGCAUGCAGCUGGCCCAAGUGCAGAUGAUUCCUUGCCUCCAGGCUUUGAGUCAUUGCCACCGAGCAACAACCUUAAAAUUGACAUAUCUCAAAUCCCUCUAAUUAGGUGGAAAUGCCCCCCACAUAUAUUGUUGGACCAAGAUUGGCACAUCGUUUCUGGAGAAGAAAGCAAGGAGAUUGAAAUUCAAAAUGAGAGAAUAAAUGGAGUGCUCGAGGCUAUUUACCCACGUCCAUCAAACAUCCCCCCCAACCCGUUUCUUUCUUCUGAUGUGAAAGAUUCACACUUUGAUGAUUCAAAAACCCUGUUGGUUCCUUUGAUCCCUCUUGAAGAUGAUGAUGCUUCAGAUCAAUUAGAAGGACCACCCCUUGAUCUACCAAACAAUUACCAGCUAUCAGAUAAGUAUGAUUCUGCGAAUAUUAAUGCCCAACGAGUUUCAAAGACUCCUAUUACCACUGAGCAACAGCAACCCUGUGGAUACAUUGGCGCAAUAAGCUCUGGAAUCACCAUUCAGCCUGAUGUGGAGGCUGCAGCCCGUGCAAUAAUACAAACAGUACAAAGCAAUCAAAAUGGGAGUAUGAUUGACAAGGAUCUACUCUUCAAAAUACUAAGUGAUCCUUCACAACUUGAGAGGUUAAUGAAAGAAUGUGGCCCAACUAGACCUGAACAAUCAUCUAGUAGUUCUGCUGUUUCCCCAUCAGUAUCAAUCCCACCUCCCCAAAUAACUGCAAAUGCUCCUGCCCCCUUCUCUGAUCAUAUGGGAACCUUCCACAGUACGAACCCUACUCUGCCACCUCCACCACCGAUGAUGAAUCGGUUACCUUCAACCAUUCCUUCAGUUGAUAUGAAUCCUCUGCCAAGUUCAAGCCCAGCAAUGAACUACGGAAGCGUCCCAGCGAGGGGUAUAGGUUAUUACAAAACUCUCAUCCAUCAGCAUGGAGGGGAGAGACAGGAACAUCCAUUUGAGCAGCAUGGAAUGCAGUUUGGUAUGUACCGUCAACCUGGUCCUCCCCAAAAUGGCGGUGUGGAUGGCAUCAAUGGUGCUUCUAUGGUGAGCAGAGAUGCCAAGGUGAGACCAAUGAAACCUUGUGCAUACUUUAACGGCCCAAAGGGUUGUCGGAACGGUGCUAAUUGCACGUUUCUACAUGAUGCGUCCGCCCCAACAAGGAAAGAUCAGAAGCAAAAGGGAUCAAAAAGAAUAAAAUUAGACAACGCAAUAGGCGGUCGAAAUUGAGCUGUUGCUGCUAUUUAAAUUUUGACUUUUCUUUGGUUCAUCCAUCGUGGAUCAGUAAAUAUUACUCCGGUCAUUUAGCGCAUCCUGUAGCCUCUUUUUUAUGUUCGUCGAGAAAAGAUGUUCUGAAAGAAAGCAAAAUAUUUCAUGAUUGAUUGGUGGUCAGAUUUAUUUUUAAUGAA